UAAUUAUUUUCAAAAUGUUCUUUCUUCACAGGUUGGAGCUCAUUUAUUUUGUUCCUGGAACAGAAGAGGAGAAAAGGGCAUUUCAGGUUUACUUGAUAAAGGUUAAAUCUUCUCUUGGUGACUUACAACAGUCUUGCUCCAAGCUAUGAGAAAGGGGAAGCAACAUUAAAACAAGAAGUUUGAAGGCUUGCUGGCAGACUUGUCUGAGGACCUGACAGAGCCGUAGCAAAGGACUGUCGUGAAAUACGGAAAGAAAAGAAACAGGAGACUAACACAGGCAAAUCAGAAUCACUCCUUUCCUGCUGCAAUGGGUUGGCUAGAAGAACCUUACUGGCAUCUUCACAUUUCCUUGAUCAUGCUGCUAUCCAUGCAUACCAGGGCCAAUUUUCUAGACAACAUGCCUUUGAGGAGUUCUGGCAAGCUAAGCAUAGAGAACAGAAAGGAAGAUGGUGAGAGUACAGCCCCUGCUCCUCCCCAGAAGAAGCUGUCUUGUCAGUGCCAUCACCACUGUCCUGAAGAUUCAGUCAACAGCACUUGCAGCACUGAUGGCUAUUGUUUCACCAUAAUAGAAGAAGAUGAGGCUGGUGGGCAUUUAAUCACCAAGGGAUGUCUAGGACUAGAGGGCUCAGACUUCCAGUGCCGGGAUACUCCUAUAUCACACCAAAGAAGAUCUAUUAAAUGUUGCACGGGGCAAGAUUACUGUAACAAACACCUUCACCCUACAUUGCCUCCACUGAAAAAUCGAGAUUUUGUUGAAGGGAACAUUCACCAUAAAGCCUUGCUGAUCUCUGUGACUGUGUGCAGUAUACUCCUGGUGCUUAUCAUCAUAUUCUGCUACUUCAGGUACAGGAGACAAGAAACAAGACCUCGUUACAGCAUCGGACUUGAACAGGAUGAGACUUACAUUCCUCCAGGAGAAUCCUUGAAAGACUUGAUUGAACAGUCUCAGAGCUCAGGGAGUGGUUCUGGGCUCCCUCUGCUGGUCCAAAGAACUAUAGCAAAACAAAUUCAGAUGGUAAAGCAGAUUGGUAAAGGUCGCUACGGAGAAGUUUGGAUGGGAAAGUGGCGUGGAGAAAAGGUAGCUGUGAAAGUGUUCUUCACCACAGAGGAGGCCAGCUGGUUCAGGGAGACAGAAAUCUAUCAAACCGUCCUCAUGAGGCAUGAAAACAUUUUGGGGUUUAUUGCUGCAGAUAUUAAAGGUACAGGAUCUUGGACUCAAUUGUAUCUUAUCACUGACUACCAUGAGAAUGGUUCCCUCUAUGAUUAUCUGAAAUCUACUACCUUAGAUACAAAAGCUAUGCUAAAAUUGGCCUAUUCCUCCGUUAGUGGCUUGUGCCACUUGCACACUGAGAUCUUCAGUACUCAAGGCAAACCAGCUAUUGCCCACCGUGAUCUGAAAAGUAAGAACAUUUUAGUGAAAAAGAAUGGAACCUGCUGUAUUGCAGACCUGGGCUUGGCAGUUAAGUUUAUCAGUGAUACUAACGAGGUAGACAUCCCACCAAACACCCGCGUAGGAACAAAACGCUAUAUGCCUCCUGAGGUGCUGGAUGAAAGCUUGAACAGAAAUCACUUUCAGUCUUACAUCAUGGCUGACAUGUAUAGUUUUGGCCUUAUCCUCUGGGAGAUAGCAAGGAGAUGUGUAUCAGGAGGGAUUGUUGAAGAGUACCAGCUUCCAUACCACGAUCUAGUGCCCAGUGACCCCUCAUAUGAGGACAUGCGUGAGAUUGUGUGCAGCAGGAGGCUUCGUCCCUCAUUCCCGAAUAGAUGGAGUAGCGAUGAGUGCCUACGACAAAUGGGAAAACUCAUGACAGAGUGUUGGGCUCACAACCCUGCUUCCCGACUCACAGCCCUGCGAGUAAAGAAAACACUUGCCAAAAUGUCAGAAUCACAGGACAUUAAACUCUGAUUCCACAAAAGACAUGUCUUGCAAAAGCCCAUACCAUGGACUUUCUUUUACAGUCACAGGACAGAAAAAAGAAUCAAAAGACCUCAGUAAUAUGUUCCUUGCACACAAUCAUACUUCAGAACAACUAUAGGUUUUGGCUGAUAGCUUUUGAGGAGAGUAUUCUUUGCAAAAUCAGCAGAGUUUGUGAUAUACAAGAUCACAAGAGGCUCAUUUGCCCUUGUUUACUUUGGGAAAUACAGUUUGAAUAACUGGUUCAAGAUUAUGCAUGUUGCUUUCUGUGAAAGCUCAUGAUAAUUAUUAUUAUUAUUAUUUUAUUAUUAUUAUUAUUUUUUGAUUGUUUAAAAAAGAUACUGCUUUAAAUUUUAUGAAAGUAAAACUUUUGGUUAGAAUUUAAAAAGACUUAUAUUAUUACAUUAAAAAUUCAGAAGAAGCUGUGCCUGAAAAUUAAAACAAAGAGACUAUUUUUUCCCCCAUUUUUGGAAACUAUUGCACUCCAACAAACCAAUAGAGAACAGGCUGUGAAGUUAAAAGAAGCUGUAAUGGAAACUGUCUUAAAAGCCACCUACGUACAGAGACCACUUUCAAAGCUGCACGUAUCUGAGUUUUGAUCUCAAAUUGUAGCUAUAGCCUGGUUAGAAAGAUUGCCUGUGUAGAAAGACUCUCCUGAAUUACUGCAGGUGGCCUUUCACAGGCAGAACUUACUGUAUUUCUGAUAAUCAGAAGCCAUAGAGCAAAAGCAGUUUUGUGUGACUUUUUUUAACAUUCUUUGUGCUUCUGGUUCUGUUGUGGGGCUGUCUUGGACAAGGCUAUAGGAUGGUACACAAAAGCACACAGUUUUCUAGCAUUUUUUUUCACUGAAAAAUAAAGAAUUUUUGUAUUGAUGGGAACGAAAGGAACAGGCUUGCUAAAGCAUGAGUUUAGAACUUCUUGUUAGUUUUUUAUUUACCAGAGAAAUCACUGGAGAGUGAAACUGCUAGAAACCACAUCUGAAAAAGUUGCCUGGCAGAAAGAUGUUGCGUUGUAAAAUGAACGUAAGGAAGGAUUUGAGUUCUUCCAUUCAUGAAAAAAGAAGACACUUUCACUCAGGUUUGUGUUUCGUGUAUUCUGGGUUCUUUUUAGCAAGUGAACGAAACAUGAACGUUUUGAGGGAGGAAAAAAAAAGGCCCACCUAUAGUGGGAUUUAUCCUUCUUUAAAUUUAUUGGGUUUACUUUAUUACCUCUUGAUGAUAAAGACUGAAAAGAAGGAGCUGCUGAUAGUUUUCAAAUCUUGUGGUUGAGAUUUAUGUAUGCACUAUUGGGCUUCAUGCUGCAUUCCUCUUUCAACCAAAACUCCCACUGAGGUCAGUGGGAUGAGUGAGGGAUGAAGAAUUUGGUCCAAGAUUUCUCCCAUUAUAGUGAGAGUUGUUUUUUGUCCACAUAAAUGGAGAAUGUUGCCUUUUACAGUUGUUAAUGAAGAAAUUUUCUGUGAUUACUACUCAAAGGAACACUAGACCAUUGGGAUAAUAUUUUUGCUUUGGAUUCUUUCUUGGUGUCAUACAUAAAAGACUGUUGAAAUCACUGUUUUACUCUGACCAUUAUCAGGUGCUAUCACUACCCCCCCGACCUCCCCAGCUUUACAUGCAUAUGAAACUAUACUCUAGUGCCCCGUACCGCAGC